AUGGAGUCCCACUUCAGACAAAGGCGAGAUGCUACUGGAAGGCUUGGUCUUACUGCACUUCAAAAAUGUACGGCAGCUAUUCGUUUGAUGGCUUACGGAUAUACGGCAGAUGCGGUGGAUGAAUAUUUACGACUCACUGAAACAACCUCCCACAAAUGCCUUCUACAUAUUGUUGAGGGAGUUAUAAAUCUGUUUGGCGACGAGUAUCUCAGAAGACCUACAGCGGAAGACCUCCAACGAUUACUGAAUAUUGGAGAACAUCGCGGUUUCCCCAGAAUGAUAGGGAGCAUAGAUUGUAUGCAUUGGGAGUGGAAGAAUUGUCCCACUGCAUGGAAAGGACAAUAUACACGUGGAUCUGGUAAACCGUCAAUCGUACUAGAGGCUGUGGCAUCACAAGAUUUAUGGAUUUGGCACGCAUUUUUUGGACCACCGGGUUCGUUAAAUGAUAUCAAUGUCUUGGACCGCUCCCCGGUGUUUGAUGAUAUCCUAGAGGGCCGAGCUCCGAGAGUUAGAUACGUUGUCAAUGGAUGGCAAUACAAAAUGGCGUACUACCUCACGGACGGUGCAAAUUUUAUCCGUCGGUACGAUAAUAUAACAGUGACCAUGUUCUACAAUCAUCCAAUUUGGGUGGUUGCCUAG